AUGACCCUUCAACCGAAGGAACCGCCUCGGAUUGCUCCAAAACCUCGUUCUGUUGUCUCGGCUGGCCGGCGGUACAUGAGUAAAGCCCAGCGAGCAUGCGAUUUCUGUCGAUCCCGCAAAUCGGCCUGUCAGAUCGAUACAGCGCCUCCAUGCCGCCAAUGCAAGGCGCAUGCACAGCUCUGCGAGUUUACGGACCGCAUAGUUCGGAAGAAACGGCCAAUUCCACAAGCCAAGCCGUCCACGUCGCCAACCCACACUCAUGAUGGCCGUGAUGAGCAGAGACGACCGCAAGAGUCGCCUUCGAGGGAGGUGCAGCAGUGCCUGUCGUUUGUGCCAUUGACGGGGAGCUCGUUUUCAUUAGGAUCACCAGGAUUUGAUGCUCACAUGCUGGAUUUUGACUUGGAUCGUGGGCUGGAGGAGGCUUUGCGCAGUUCUGUAGAUGAUGGUCAGGCAGUAAUGGAUGAGCUCAUGCUGAGCUUACAUGACAGCAGUGUUGCUAAUCACGCUUCGCUCGAAAGUCAUCAGCCUCUGGUGGGGGAGUUAUGCGGUCUGACCGGCGAUAUGGACCCGUACCUCCUGCGACAUUAUCAAUUUGAUGAGAAGUCACGGUUUGCGUUUUCCAAGUUGACUAUCUGCAGCAUGCAAGACACAGAGGUCCCAGUGCAGCUUUUGCUAUCGAAGACGGAUAUAAAUGCAGAUGUAAAAGCACAAACUCGACUGACCAGCCCGGGAGAUGACUCCAUCGAUCUCUCCGAUCUUGUGCCUCCCGAGAUCGGACAGCGGUUAAUUCAGCUCUUCUUCCGAUUCAUUAAUCCACUGUUCCCGAUCUUACGUCGGAGUGAUGUCCCCAAUCCAUCGACCGCAUCGACACAUCUUCUCGCAGCGAUCUAUUUAAUCACCCAACCGUUUACUACUUUUGACGACUACCUCUGUAUCGAGCUGGUAUACAAUCGUCCAUCGCCACAUAGUUUAUUUGGCAUCGCCUGGAGAGCAUUGAACAACGCCCUCUCCGAACCAAACUUCGCGUCUCUUCAGGCUGGUCUUAUCCUGCUGCUGCAGCCGCCGGCAAAUCCGCUGCUUCUCGACAGCGCUUUCAAGUGGACACUUCUCGGUAUGAUUGUAUCUAUGGCUCAAACGCUGGGAAUUCAUCUCGAUCCCAGUCUCUGGAAUUUGCCAGACCACGAAAUCCGCAUGCGUCGGGUCUUAUCGUGGAUGGUCUAUGCUGUGGAUAAAUGGCUGGCUGCGAGCUUGGGCCGGCCAAGCCAUAUCUCUCGGGAUGAGUGGUUGAUUACGGAAUUGGAUCCUGCUGAUAUAAGCUUCGAUAUCAAGAAUGACUCUUAUGCUUGUCAAUUCUCCAAUCUCACGGUCAUCUUGGACAAGGUCUUGGGGAAUCUCUAG